GGCUCUGUUAUUAGAAAAAUAAUUUAUAAGGGUUACAAUACAUAUUCCUUUUCUAUUUCCAAGAAUAUUAUUAUAUCUUAUAAGUAUAUAUCUUACUAAGUAAAGUAGGCCUUGUUAUAAACUUCCCCCUCAAUUUUUCUAUCAAAGCCUCAACCAACACUUUUCGGUAAGAGCUGUAUUCGAAAUUAAGCCCCAGAAAUAAUAUUUUCCUAACGAAGAACUUCACCAGGACUUUUGAUAAAAAUGUCCUUUAAUCGCGUAUGCAAGAAUAUCCUGCGGGCUAUUCCGCUACAGAUUCUAAAGCGUGGCAAGUCCAACUAUGGAAAAACAGUGUGCAAUCUGAAGAUCAACAAGGAGACCAAAGUGCUAGUGCAAGGAUUCACUGGAAAACAGGCCACUUUUCACUCCGAGGAAUCCAUUAAGUAUGGGACCAAUAUCGUGGGCGGUGUUAAUCCGAAAAAAGGGGGAACACAGCAUCUAAAUAAGCCCGUAUUUAAAUCCGUGGCUGAAGCUGUGGAGAAAGUGAAACCAGAUGCCACGGUGAUCUUUAUACCACCUUCAUCCGCUGCCGAGGGAAUUUGCUCGGCCAUUGAAAGUGAAAUUGGAUUGAUUGUGGCCAUAACCGAGGGUAUACCUCAGUCGGAUAUGGUGAGGAUAUCUCAGAUGUUGAACUGUCAGGAGAAAUCCCGAUUGCUGGGACCCAACUGCCCAGGACUUAUCUCCCCAGAUCAAUGCAAGAUCGGGAUAAUGCCGGGAGAUAUACACAAGCGAGGAGUGGUGGGUAUAGUCUCUAGAUCGGGAACCCUAACCUAUGAGGCAGUGCAUCAGACGACCAAUGUAGGACUGGGUCAGGCCCUGUGUAUUGGCCUGGGCGGAGAUCCCUUCAACGGAACCAGUUUUGUAGAUGUCUUAAAGGUCUUUCUGCCCGACAAGGAAAUCAAGGGCAUCAUCAUGAUUGGAGAGAUUGGUGGAACCGCCGAGGAGGAAGCCGCCGAAUAUCUCAAGGAGCACAAUACGGGAUGCGAGGCCAAGCCAAUAGUUGCUUUUAUCGCAGGUCAGACUGCUCCACCCGGUCGUCGAAUGGGUCACGCUGGUGCCAUCAUUUCGGGCGGUAAGGGGGCGGCCAAGGACAAGGUGGCCGCCCUGAAGAAAGUCGGCGUCCGCAUAACCGCAAAUCCCUGUCAUCUAGGAUCCACGCUUCUCGAGGAAAUGGUCCGCUUGAAACUUGUGCCCAAGCCACAGGCGAAGAAGGCCCAGUCGGGCAAGAAGUAGGAGGGACCGGAUCUUGUGUUUGUUAUUAAAUAAACAAACUGAUGGCUUUUAAUGCAGAAAUUUAAUUUGUAUGUAUUUAGGGAACUUAUAAAGACUUAACAGCUGCUAAAAACAAAAUGAAAAACUGA